GUGUGGUGCGUCCCCCAGCUGUCGGAACUGGAGGCGGAGCCAACCAUCGUGACGCGGGGGGGGGGGCGAGCGCGGCCGGCGGAGUUACAGGAAUGCGCUUCAAGUGAUUGAUUUCCACCAUGUUCUCACAGUGCUCGUGGGCUCUAUUAAAGAUUGCAAAUCUUCAUCUCCGGAGUCUGAAUUUAAGCCUGCAUUUACAAAACCACAGAAGAGCUUUCAGCAAGUCACUGCCUGCAUAUCGAAGGAAAGUAGUUGUUACAGGUAUUGGCUUAGUGUCCCCUCUUGGUGUGGGGACUCAGCUUGUGUGGAAGCGCCUUCUCCAAGGAGACAGUGGGAUUGCAUCGCUAGAUGGGGAAGAAUAUGCAGGCGUCCCAUGUAAAGUGGCUGCUUGCGUGCCAAGGGGAAAUGAGGAGGGUCAGUUCAGUGAAGAAAGCUUUGUGUCAAAGUCAGAGAUCAAAUCCAUGAGUUCUGCGACUGUUAUGGCCAUCGGUGCAGCAGAGCUGGCAAUGAAGGACUCUGGCUGGUCUCCCCAGUCUGAACAGGAUCGCUUAAGUGCCGGCGUGGCAAUUGGGAUGGGAAUGGUUCCUCUGGAAGAGAUUUCUGAUACAGCCGCUUUAUUUAAAACAAAGGGUUAUAACAAGGUCAGCCCGUUCUUUGUCCCAAAGAUUUUGGUCAAUAUGGCAGCAGGCCAGAUCAGCAUUAAAUACCAACUGAAAGGGCCGAAUCAUGCGGUGUCAACUGCUUGUACCACAGGCGCACAUGCUGUUGGAGACUCCUUUAGAUUUAUUGCAGCUGGUGAUGCUGAUGUCAUGUUGGCUGGAGGGACUGAGGCUUGCAUUAGUCCUUUGUCCUUGGCUGGAUUUGCCAGAGCUCGGGCCCUCAGCACGAGUUUUAACUCCAGCCCUAAAAUGGCCUGUCGACCAUUUGAUUCGCAGAGAGAAGGGUUUGUAAUGGGAGAGGGUGCUGCUGUGCUGGUCUUGGGAGAAUAUGAACACGCUGUACAAAGAGGUGCUAGGAUCUAUGCAGAAGUUUUAGGUUAUGGACUGUCUGGUGAUGCUUGCCACAUAACAGCACCUAAUCCAGAGGGAGAUGGUGCAUUCAGGUGUAUGUCUGCAGCAAUAAAAGAUUCUGGGAUCAAACCUGAAGAUAUAACAUACGUCAAUGCUCAUGCAACUUCUACACCUCUAGGAGACGCUGCUGAGAAUCAAGCAAUCAAGAGACUUUUUAAAGAUCACUCACGUAAUAUUGCAGUUUCCUCAACAAAAGGAGCAACGGGACAUCUCUUGGGGGCUGCAGGAGCUAUUGAAGCAGCUUUUACUGCACUGUCCUGUUACCAUGGAAUUUUGCCACCUACUCUCAACUUAGAGAAAACAGAGGCAGAGUUUGAUCUCAAUUAUGUUCCUUUAACAGCUCAGGAGUGGAAAACUGAAAAACGACGCAUAGCACUCACAAAUUCAUUUGGCUUUGGUGGUACUAAUGCAACUUUGUGCUUUGCAAGUGUUUAACUUAGGCUGCGCGUAUUGGGAAAAAUGGCACCGAAAAUGAUUUUCUGUGCUGCCACCCUUGGUGUACUGUGAUCUUUUCUCUGCUUUGAGAAUUGCUCAUGUGAUAUGCAAGAACUUUAUUCACUGUAACGUUUACAUCAGUAAUUCUUUUAGAAAGAGGGAACUUCUUUUACUCAUUUUAAUAAAAGGUAAAUAAAAGACCUUAUCUUUGCAUGGUAAAGAAGUUUUUGUUCCGGACUAGAAGAGACAUUGAUCAUUCUGUGGCUUUGCUUCAUUAGAAAAGGUUUUUCAUAUGCAUGUGGCAUAGAAAUUGCUCAGAAACAUUUAUGCAAAAGGGAGGCUGGCUGACGUGUUAGGACUCCACAGUCGUGACUUGAUAACUUAGUACAUGAUGGUACAAGGUUUAUGACUGGCCUCCCCUUUGUUACCUGUUCCGUUUAUAAUUCUGCCUUUUUCCUCAUCAUAAGUUGUUUCAAAUAACAU